GUUCGGUUGCGGCUCUGCUUUGACAGUCGGUUUCGUUUAAGUGGCGAGAAAAGUUUGCGAAUACUUUUUGUUUUGGUUUCGAGCAGUACAGAAAGACGCGGUAGAUAAUAUGAAAAUGCUGUUGCUAUUGUCCAGCAUCUUCUUACCUCUUCUUGGGUUAAUAUCGCCAAAUUCUGCUCAGAAUUUGCCGGAUGUCGCCUGUCCGCAGUACUUCGAGUAUUUGUCAUUCAAUCAGCAGUUUAUAGGCCACAUUUCGAUACGACAUGACCCUCAAUAUGAAAUUAACGAGCUUUUUGUGGAGUUCUCACAGCGCGGCGCUUAUCAAUGGGAUUUUGCUGGCAAUAUAGCACUGCUGGACGAUCAGGACACAACAAAAUCGCGUUUACGCGAUGGCGAACCCAUUAACUAUCGCGUUGACUUUCCCAUACCCAGCUUGCCGCCCAAAUUAACACAAAUCAGGCUCAACAAUGUGGUGCUCUGCAGUGCAUCAGGGUAUCCGCGACCGAAAACAGCAAUCACACUCAUGCAUUCAUUGCGUUCCACAACGGUGCCGCUUGCCUUCUUGGACACACGGCGUGUUACGCCGGGUGCUAACCAACAGUGGCAAUUCGGACCGUCCGUUCAGCCCCAAGAGCAGACUGUUUAUAAUAUUGAGGAGACUCAAGUGCCGGAGUUGGCAACUCCCAGACCAACCCCUGUGGUACGACCGCAAGCUAACUUCAGCAGUAGAGUGGAGCCAAGGCCUGAGCUGGUUGACCAGUCGCUAAGUACUGUUUGUGGUCGCGAAAGAGCCGUGACGACGCCGUUGAUCUUCCAAGGGGAGCAGCUGCAGCGCGGCCAGCUGCCCUGGCUUGUUGGUCUCCUUGAGCGUGGUACGGACAAUGCCCUGAUCUUCUUCUGUGGCGGCUCGCUUAUCUCGUCCUGGACAGUGUUAUCGGCGGCACACUGCUUCCGAUUUCCAGGCCGCGAUCUGCCGGCCAGCCGAACAAUCGUUUCCCUGGGACGCAACACCAUCGAUAUCGUUUCGGAUGGCGAGUUGCGCGAAGUAACGCAGCUGCUUUACCACGAGGAAUACAUCCCGUUUAGAGCAAAUGCAGAUAUGGUGCUCAUCAGGCUAGCCAAGCAAAUCACCUUCAAUGAUUUCAUUGUUCCCAUUUGCCUUUGGAACGAGAACUUUCCGCUGCAGCUGCCGUCAGGCUAUAAGACCUACGUGGCCGGUUGGGGCGCCGAUGAGAAUGGCAAUGUCAACACGAAAUUCUCUAAAAUCACAGACACAAACAUUGUCACAGAAUCCGACUGUCUACGCGAGAUGGUACGUUCCCUGGUUCAGCCGAACACGAUCUGUGCCAAGCGAAAUGGCGCCGGUCCAUGCGCCAGCGAUGGAGGCGGCGGCUUGAUGCUUAGGGAGAACAAUGUCUGGCUGUUGCGUGGGGUCAUCUCGCUUGGCACGCAUAAGAAUAAUACCUGUGAUCUCUCCCGUCCUUCCCUUUACACCGAUGUGGCCAAGCACAUUGCCUGGGUGCGUCAGAACAUGUGGGAAUAGCUAACUCCAAAACAGUGCCAGAAGAACGUUAGGCUCUAGUUAAUUACAUAGCUUUAAGUAAAAUUCUUCCUGUAGAUAGUUCAUAAAUAAAUCAAAUUUAAAUAUGCACAUA